AUGCACAAUGCUACCUGCAAACCUUGCACCACCACGUGGAAUACUGCAGAGGAAUUGAAAAUUACUGUAGUAACUGAUGCUGCACCAAAGCCCAGGAAGGUAUGCAGUGCUAUUCAGAAUCAGGAUUUCACUGUGAUUGAAGACUACUGCACUGGCCUCAAAGCCCUGCUUUAUCUGAAAAGCAUUGAAGAACUCCAGGAUUGGGACGGGCAGAGUCCAGCUACUGUGAGUCACCAGAAAGGGAAACCAGUUCCACGUAUUCCUGAACUCGUGGGAAAGAAAUUGCCAAGUUUUGGACCUUAUCUUGAGCAGCGCAAGAAAAUCAUAGCAGAGAACAAGAUUAGACUGAAAGAACAAAAUGCAGCUUUUUCGCCACUUGAGAGAAAGUGUUUUAUCCCCAAGAAGCCUAUCCCUACUGUCAAGGAGGUAAUAGGAAAAGCACUGCAGUACCUGGGAACAUUUGGUGAAUUGAGCAAUGUCGAGCAAGUUGUGGCUAUGAUCGAUGAAGAAAUGUGUAUCAACUGUGGCAAAUGCUACAUGACCUGUAAUGACUCUGGCUACCAGGCUAUACAGUUUGAUCCAGAAACCCACCUGCCCACCAUUACUGACGCUUGUACAGGCUGUACUCUGUGUCUCAGUGUCUGUCCUAUUAUCGACUGCAUCAAAAUGGUUUCCAGGACAACACCUUAUGAACCAAAGAGAGGCUUACCCUUAGCUGUGAAUCCAGUGUGUUAAGGUGAUUUGUGAAGCAGUUGCUGUGAAUUUUGAUGUCACCUACAUAUGCUGAUCUUUUAAAAUUGUGACCUUUGUGUCCAGCUCAUUUCAAAUUAAAAUGAAUAUAUAAUUUCUAAAUAAAUUUCUAAUUAAAAUACAUGAUUUUUAAAUCAAUUUCUAAAUUUAAGAAGAUGUCUAAUGCCAGUUAUUAUUCAACUAAUGGUCAUAAAAUAGAAUGAUUCUUUUCUGAGGAUAGCUGUUAAAUAACUGUGUAGCAGUUAAUUGGAUGUUCACCAUCAGUUGUCUAUUGUGAAAAAUUAACAUUUUCCUGGUAAUUAGUGUGGCAAUUUCCAAAUCACCCUAUGCUGUGCUCCGUAUUUGAUUUCUAACUGUAAGUGAAAUUAAGUAUUUUGGAACAAAGUACACUUUGACACAUAAGAAAAUUUUUCUAGGGAAACAUUUUACAAUUAAAAAUUGCCUUUAAUUUUAAUGCUGUUUCCAAGAAAAUGUAAUUAGCUCCAUAUAGUACAAAUGAAGAAAGUCAAAUAAUUAUUUGCUAUGACAGAAAGCAAGCCUAAACUAGGGUUUGUAGAACUGUAUUAAGUAAGGCCCCCCUUCACUAAAAUAGCAUCUUUUUGGUGCUGGACACUGAAAGUGAGAAUAUUUAUUAACUAAAUGCUGUUCACCACUCAUGCCUGAGACAGGCAUCCAAACUCUUCACCAAUGAGCCAACAUGACAUUCUCCUUUAAAUAUUUAAACUAUGUUCUUAACAAAAUAAGACGUUAGGAUGGAGCUCUGGUUAAAGGCACUCCUUUGCUGUGCACAGAUCUGCUCUGUCUGCUUUUAAUAGAAACCUUCAUGAUUAUAGCAAUUAAUGUUUGAACAAAGCCCAAAUUAUACAGCACUGAGUCAUAUGCUUCAUUAUUCAAGAAUGAAAAAUAUAGUAUUGAUUAUAUAUAUUAAAUGUGCACAAUCAAUUUGACUACUCUCUAUUUUAG